GCAACGGACAAGAUGGACGUCAAAUGUUGAAAAGUGUAACUAGGUGCUAUAUUUUUAAAACCAAAAGUUAGUUUUAGCGUUAUUUAUCAUCUGAAUAACUGAAGCUGGUGUUUUAAAUGUUUGCCCUCCCACAAAUGUACGAUUAGUAGCGUUCCUGGCAGAUAGUGAGAGGCAGAAAACAGACUUUCUAACAGCAUCAUGGAUCUGUCGAAAACUGAAAGUUUACCUGGUGAUAUUAAACUAGAAUCUACUGAAGAAGAAGUGUUGUCAAAAGACGAAAUGUCUCCACGUGUCCCCGGACAGACCAAAACCUCGACCGCAAGAGAUUUAACCCCGGAGGAGCGGGACAGACUCAGCGGUGAGCGGGCUCUGGUGUCCGACUUCAAGCAGAUGAAGUUGGAGAAAGACGCUCAGAAAAACUGGGACUUGUUUUAUAAGAGGAACACGACAAAUUUCUUCAAGGACAGACAUUGGACCACCAGAGAAUUUGAAGAGCUCAAGGCGUGCAGAGAGUUUGAGUCCCAGAGGCUGGUGCUGCUGGAGGCUGGCUGCGGUGUAGGAAACUGCAUCUUCCCUCUGCUGGAGGAUGACCUCAACAUCUUUGUUUAUGCCUGUGACUUCUCACCGCGAGCUGUUGAAUUUGUCAAACAAAACCCUCUGUACUGCCCUGAGCGCUGCUGUGCCUUCCAGUGUGAUUUAACUAAAGAUGAUCUGAGGGAAAAUGUGCCCGAGGGCAGCGUGGACGUCGUCACUCUCAUCUUUGUCCUGUCGGCCAUCCACCCUGACAAGAUGAAGCUGGCUCUGCAGAACAUCAGCCGGGUGCUGAAGCCCGGAGGCAUCGUCCUGUUCAGGGACUACGGCCUGCAUGAUCACGCCAUGCUUCGAUUUAAAGCCGGCAGCAAGCUGGGGGAGAACUUCUACGUCCGCCAAGAUGGCACCAGGUCCUACUUCUUCUCUACAGAGUUCCUGGCCGAGCUGUUAGAGGAGACCGACCUCCGGUCUGUCGCUAACGACUACGUCCUCAGAGAGACGGUCAACAAGAAGGAGGGGCUUUGUGUUCCCAGAGUGUUCCUGCAGAGCAAGUUCACCAAGACCAGCCAAUCACAGAGCUCCUGAUGUCACUCGGCCUGUGUCUGUCUCCUCAUAAAGGCCCAAAGGUGCCGAGACACAUAAAACUGAAGAGAGUUUGUGGCUUGCACUCUGUUUGAAUCCUUCAGGUCACGAGGGAGAAUCAGGUGGGUGAGAUGGAUUAAUAAUACCUCCCCCCACUCCUCACUGACUCACUGAAGCAUGAAGUCUUUAGUGGUUCAGAUCAGUUUAAACUCUGUUUCAUCACCUUGGAGCAGACUGCAGGAUGGAAGUUUCUUACCUUCUCUGUGAGCCUUCAGACUUUUUUCUCCUGUGAACAAACCAGUAUUUUGAUCGUCCCCAGUAUAUUUUUCUCUGAUAUUAUGUUAAUGGCAUCAUUUUUGAAUGUGGUGAGUACUUUUAAUUGUUUUUUACCUUUAUGUUUGCCUGCCUACAUAAAAAAGUGCUCAGCAGCAUCGUGUCAUUUCACACUUUGUCUGAAACAGUUUAGAGAGAAUUACUCACUGUGUUGCCUUUUGAUUGUGGUCCAGUUUUAAAUUAGCUGCCGCUGUAACUCACAGAGGCAGAUAAUAAUCAUACAUAUACACCAGCUUCUUCACCUUUUCAAAAUAAAUGUAUUAGAAUUUUAGGUGGUUUUCAAGUGUCUUAAAUCAACAUGAUUGUCGGAUCUGAUGUCCCGCUGCUCUUCCUUUUUGAAACACUUUAAAACAGAAAAUGGUUGAAAAGGA